GCGUUGAGAUUGCCUGCAAUGACAACAAGCUCAGUCCGAUGAUGCUGUGACGCACCGCCCCAGACCAAGACGGACCCUCCACCUCCAAAUCGAUCCCGCUCCAGAGUACAGGCCUCGGUGUAACGCUCAUUCCUUCGACGAUAAACGCGAAUCAGACCAUCACCCCUGGUGAGACAAAACCGCGACUCGUCGUUGAAGAGCACUUUUUGCCAGUCCUAUCUGGUCCAGCGACGGUGGGUUUGUGCCCAUAGGCGACGUUGUUGGGGAACCCUGCCCUAUAGCCUUACCCCAUCCUAUAGCAGCAUCCAGCUUCAGCACUAACUUUCAAUUGAGACAUGAAAGUGAAAAAUACCGUGUAAGAUUCGAUUCCCAGGAAUGAUACUCCCUCCGUUUUACAAAACCGGUUGUUAUAAAAACGAGUCGAGAGUAAAAACUCUCCCUCUCGGAGAAGGGACUGGAGCUUGAGGAGGGAAUAGACUACUUUUGAAAUAUAUGCAUUGCCAAUAAUUUCAUAACCUUUCAACAUCCGCAGUGGGCAUCAGAUAGCAGAAAAUCUAGCUUUUUAUUUAAGUUGUAUCACUAAAUAAUAAUACACAAUGAAUAAUACGCUGAACCAACAUUACGAAGAGAAGGUGCGGCCCUGUAUCGACCUCAUCGACUCCCUGCGCUCCCUUGGCGUAGAGAAGGACCUUGCACUGCCAGCCAUCGCCGUGAUAGGGGACCAGAGUUCGGGGAAGAGCUCCGUGUUGGAGGCGCUGUCUGGAGUGGCUUUGCCAAGGGGUAGCGGUAUUGUAACACGAUGCCCUCUCGAGCUGAAGAUGAAAAGGAAGAAAGAAGGAGAAGAAUGGCAUGGAAAAAUCAGCUACCAAGACCACGAAGAGGAGAUUGAGGAUCCCUCUGAUGUGGAGAAGAAAAUUCGUGAAGCCCAGGAUGAAAUGGCAGGUGUGGGGGUGGGUAUCAGUGAUGACCUCAUCAGCCUAGAGAUUGGCUCCCCUGACGUCCCAGACCUCACACUCAUCGACCUGCCAGGCAUCGCCCGUGUAGCUGUCAAGGGUCAACCUGAGAACAUUGGUGAACAGAUUAAGAGAUUGAUACGGAAAUUCAUCAUGAAGCAAGAAACAAUCAGCUUGGUGGUUGUGCCAUGCAAUGUUGACAUUGCAACCACAGAGGCUUUGCAGAUGGCACAAGAGGUGGACCCUGAAGGGGAAAGGACAUUAGGCAUCCUGACCAAGCCUGACCUGGUAGACAAAGGCACAGAGGAGACGGUGGUGGACAUAGUUCAUAAUGAGGUUAUCCACCUGACCAAGGGCUACAUGAUAGUCAAGUGCAGGGGCCAGAAGGAGAUCAUGGAGCGAGUCUCACUGACCGAGGCCACAGAGAGGGAGAAGGCUUUCUUCAAAGAGCACGCUCAUCUCAGCACACUUUAUGAUGAGGGCCAUGCCACCAUCCCUAAACUGGCAGAGAAAUUAACUCUUGAACUGGUGCAUCAUAUCGAGAAAUCCCUGCCUCGUCUAGAAGAGCAGAUUGAGGCAAAGCUGUCAGAGACACAUGCCGAGCUGGAAAGAUAUGGUACCGGGCCACCUGAGGACUCGGCAGAGAGGCUGUAUUUCCUAAUUGAUAAAGUGACUGCAUUCACCCAAGAUGCCAUCAACCUGAGCACUGGGGAGGAGAUGAAAAGCGGAGUUCGUCUCAACGUCUUCUCCACACUCAGAAAAGAGUUUGGGAAAUGGAAGUUACACCUGGAACGCUCUGGAGAAAUCUUUAACCAGAGGAUUGAGGGAGAAGUGGCUGAUUAUGAGAAGACGUACCGUGGAAGGGAGCUCCCAGGGUUCAUCAACUACAAGACCUUUGAGGUGAUGGUGAAAGACCAGAUCAAACAACUGGAGGAACCAGCAGUCAAGAAACUGAAGGAGAUUUCAGAUGCCGUUAGGAAGGUGUUCUUACAGCUGGCUCAGAGCAGCUUCACUGGAUUUCCCAACCUCCUGAAAUCAGCGAAGACAAAGAUUGAGGCCAUUAAGCAGGUGAAUGAGUCUACAGCUGAGUCCAUGUUGAGGACUCAGUUCAAGAUGGAGCUGAUAGUGUACACACAGGACAGCACCUACAGCCACAGUCUGUGUGAGAGGAAGAGGGAGGAGGACGAAGACCGACCCUUAACUGAGAUAAGGAGUACGAUCUUUAGCACAGACAACCAUGCCACCCUACAGGAGAUGAUGCUGCACCUCAAGUCCUAUUACUGGAUUGCCAGUCAGCGUCUGGCUGAUCAGAUUCCCAUGGUGAUCCGCUACCUGGUGCUGCAGGAGUUUGCUUCCCAGCUGCAGAGGGAGAUGCUUCAGACUCUGCAGGAGAAGGACAACAUCGAGCAGCUGCUGAAAGAGGACAUCGACAUCGGCAGCAAGAGGGCUGCACUGCAGAGCAAGCUCAAACGCCUGAUGAAGGCACGCAGCUACCUAGUGGAGUUCUAGUAUGGACAGCUGCUUGUUAACAUUUAGGAUGGUCUUGACUAAUGCCAGAUGGAUUGGUCAAUGGAAGUAGACCUACAGGUGUGUUGCAGUGGGGUUUGGCGUAGAUUCUGUGAUCUCAGUUCAUUGCAUAGUAAAUGUAAUAGAAGUUACUAUGCAAUCAAGUCCUUUGUUAUCCUUUUUUGUUGAAUAUUAAACUCAAAUGUCUGAUGAACGCAAGCAGCUAGUCUACCAGGUGGAGUGGGAACCUGCCUGAUAACAUUUGGGAACAGAGAAGGAAGUGCAAUAAUUUUAUUGAAAGGCAAUGUAUAACUUGUGGUUUAUAUUUCUGCUGACAUACAUUUUAUUGUUAUUGUGUCUCCUUUUUAUCAUGUCUGGAUGGUGGGCCUGUGGACCACUGAGCAUCAACUAAUGGCCUCACAAUUAGGGUUUAUCUAUGUUAAACCAAGUUGUAUAUUUAUUAUAAAUAAAAAAUGUGUGAAGAAAAAAAAACAU